AAACACACUUUAUCCGGUCAAAACCCCAAUUCCCACCCUCUCUGCACUAAAACCCCGCGCGAAGAGGAUAAUGCAAGUCCUCCAAAACCCUCCUCUCUUCACCUUCCCCAAGUCUCUAAACCCCCCCGGCAAAUCCCUCCACCUUCCCACCCUCAACAUUCUUCCAUUGCGUCGUGCCUCGACUACCACCCUUAACUUUCCAUCAUCCAAGUGCUUCAGCUCCGAUGAGUUCCCGGUGGAUGAGACUUUCCUCGAGAACUUUGGGCCCAAGGACAAGGAGACCGAGGACGAAGCCCGCCGUCGCAACUGGAUGGAGCGCGGUUGGGCUCCAUGGGAGGAAAUCCUCUCGCCCGAGGCCUAUUUUGCACGCAAAUCCCUCAACGAGGGAGAGGAGGUUCCCCUCCAGUCCCCCGAAUCCAUUGAGGCUUUCAAGAUGCUGAGGCCAUCUUACCGUCUCAAGAAGAUGAAAGAAAUGGGGAUGACCCAAGACGAGUGGUACGCCAAGCAGUUCGAGAUUAAAGGGGAGGUCCCGCCACCAUUGGAGACCUUUUGGGCGGGGCCCCUAGUCGUGCGCCACGUGCCCCCUAGAUGGCCUCCUAGAGGGUGGGAGGUGGACAGGAAGGAGCUGGAGUUCAUGAGGGAGGCGCACAAGUUGCAGGCCGUGAGGGUGGGGUUGGAGGAGUUGGAAAGGGAGGUGAGGGAAGGAACGGAUACCCUGGAGGAAAUGUGUUGGGACAGAUACAAAAUGUUCCUCAAGCAAUACAAUGAGUGGGUAGCCGCCAAUAAGGAUAGAUUGGAGGAGGAGUCUUACAAGUAUGACCAAGACUACCAUCCUGGUAGGAGAAAACGAGGAAAGGACUACAAAGACGGAAUGUAUGAACUUCCCUUCUAUUAUCCUGGACAGAUUUGUGAGGGAAAAGUAAGCACUUUACACCUAUACCAGGGAGCAUUUGUGGACAUUGGAGGUGUUUAUGAUGGGUGGGUCCCUAUAAAAGGUAAUGAUUGGUAUUGGAUUCGUCAUCACAUAAAAGUUGGUGUGCAUGUCAUUGUUGAAAUUUUGGCAAAACGAGACCCUUACCGUUUUCGAUUUCCUAUAGAGAUGCGUUUUGUCCAUCCUAAUAUCGAUCACCUGAUCUUUAAUAGAUUUGACUUCCCGCCAAUAUUUCACCAUGAUGAGGAUACUAAUCCAGAUGAAUUACGGCGUGAUUGUGGAAGACCUCCUAUUCCCAGAAAAGAUCCAGGAAGUAAACCAGAAGAGGAACCACUAUUGUCGAAUCAUCCUUAUGUUGACAAGUUAUGGCAGAUUCACGUUGCUGAACAGAUGAUUUUGGAUGAUUUCGAAGCUCAUCCUGAGAAAUACAAAGGGAAAAAACUCUCAGAAUUAACUGAUGAGGAUGGUUACGAUGAAGAAAAGAGUGUUGUAUAUACUGAAGCCUAUUAUAAAAAAACACGAAUACCGAAAGUAAUUCUGAAAACAAGUGUUAAAGAGCUUGAUCUGGAUGCUGCCUUAGCUGAGUGUGAGCACCAUAACAUGCUAAGAAAGGAAGCAAAAGAAAGAGGAGAAGAAUAUAAAAUCAACAAGCUUCGACGAAACAUUGAAAUGGACGAGUAUGAUUUCCUGCAUUGGCAGCGAUCCUUUGAGGAAAGAGAAGCUUUAAUCAGAGAUAUUAGCUGCCGGCAAGCUCUUGGCCUGCCUUUGGAAGAGCCGGGGAGGUAUAAAGAUGCAAACUACUUUGGGAAAGAUCAAUAUGAUCCUUCAAAUCCCUUGUAUCGGUAUGACUAUUGGGGAGAACCAAAGAAUUCGGAAAAGAGUAAGCAAGAGAGGAUGACAGAUGCACAUAACAAAUCUAUAGUUGGCAAGGGCAACGUUUGGUAUGAAAUGUCUUAUGAGGAUGCAAUUGAACAAAGGAUGCAAAGAGAAGCUUUGGGAAAAGCAGUGAUGAUCAAAGAAGAUGAAAAGUCAGAGUCAGAUGCAAGUGAUGAGGAUGAGGACGAUUUUGAUUAUAGCAUUCUAGGGGUAGAUUUUUCAGAUCAGCCUGUUGUUAAUGGAACUGAAUCAUCCAGAAUAUCAGAUGAGGGUAUGUUCGAGAACUAAUGCACGAAUGCAGUGCCUGUAGUUUGUACUGUAUAUUUGAUAAAUGAAAUGAAAAAUGAGAAGAAAUGCAUAAAGGCUUUUACAAAA